GACUUCAAAUAUUUAGUCACUAAUGUAACGCAAUCGUCAUUAUGAAAGAACCUUUGAUGUUGACAGCAAGUCAUGACGACGGAGCAGUUCUAUCCAAAUAUAUCGUUUUUAUUUUAUCACUAAUUUUAGCGAGGCUACGUGUGUAUUUACAAACUGAAGCAAACCUCUUUUCUCCCCCUCUGCGAGCCUGUUAAAAUGGCACCAUUCAAACCAGGGCCACGGUGACUUGAAUUUGAUCCCAUGCCAUCCCUUCCCUGGACUGGUCGCCCGUCAAACCUGGGCACAUAUAAAACAGAGCCACUGAGUAAAAACGGAGCCCAUGUUGUCAGCCCUCCAGCUGCUUGUCAUUGGUGUUGCUCAGCUGGAGCUGACCCUUGACUCCCUGGAGGAUGGCUGUCUCUGCCCCCCUCACCCCGCUGCCGCUGACCCAGCUGGUGGAGGACGGACGGACCAGCGUGCCGAACCAUCUACUAGAGUCCAAAAUCUAUGUUAAAGAGAAGAGCAAUGGCCUGAUCCAAGUGGAUCCUUCUGAACUUCAUUUCAGCGGCUUCAAACUAGAGAAGGACUACGUGAAGAGCGUGGUGAGUAAGAGACUAAUCAACAUCUCAUCAAGAGUUCUAAAUAUUCACAUCAUCCCCACCCAAACCAAGCAUUUCCGAACAAACUAUGCCAAAAAGUGUCGUCUGAUUCCUGGCCUCGCCUACACAGUAAAGGUCAAAUUCUGUCCCCACGAGUGGACCCGUGUCUCUGACUGUAUUCGGGUUCACUGUGAGGAUGAUGAGAACCUUUUAAUUCCAGUUCAUGCUUACCCUGCCACCUCUCAUGUGCAUAUCCCAACGCGUGUUGACUUACCAGCUGUACCACUUGGACAGAGUGUUAGCUACACUAUUCCAUUGAGCUGCAGAUCUCCCGCUGAUUUGGAGUUUGAAGUGCACCUUAUUGAGUCACAUGAGGCCUUUUCCAUCCAUCCACUCAUUGGUGUGAUCCCAGCCAAUGGUCAGUCUAAGAUCUCCAUUACCUUCAGACCUUGCCGCUAUGAGACUUGUCAGGUCACCAUUCGACUGCAUGUCUCACAAUUCAACACAAAAUCCUACCUCUGUACUAUUACGGGAAGUUCUGCCCCUCUACUUGGUGUCAGGGAGCUUGCUCUUCAGAGCACACCAGCUAAAAGUAAAGGAUCUUUACCAGCCAUCCAAGUUCAAAGUCCAGUCAAAGUAAAGUCUGCCAAGGAUGUUGUCAAGCCCAAGGGUACUUUAGGAGGUCCAGCUGGGACCAAGCCAGGACCAAAGUCUUUGGUGGAUGCCUCCACCCAUGCUGGGGUGGCAAAGAUGCUGCAGAAGGACAGCAGCAAACUUGGCACUGAACAUCUGAGCGAGGGUCUGCAGAACAGACAGAAGAAGGAGGCUCUUUUCCUCAAAAAGGUUCAACAAAAUGUAAAAGAAGAGCAAAUCAACCGGCUGAAAUUACAAGUCCAUCUGGGUAAAGACCCAGUGUCAGAGUCAACCAGGAGUCAGGUACUGGAGGACAGACUGGUUGCAUUACAACAGUACAAGGUCAGGAAGGGAGAUGUCAGACGAGAGGAAGAGUUUACCAGUGGACCGCCAAAACUUUACUCUAUACGACUAAUAUGUGACGCAGGGCAGGUCCCCAAAGGAGCCCCGUGCUUCCAGUUUCACCCCAGCUUUCAGUGGGCGUUAAAGCAGAGGGCCCUAAAACUCUUCCAACAGGCAGCCCGGAAGGUUGUGAUGCAGUGUCGCAUGAAACGGACCUUGGCCUUGUGGAGGAAUCUUCCAGACACUGCGGUGGGCUUGCUCUCGGCCAAUAAAGUUGAAAAGGAGGAGGCAUGUGUUUUGAAGAUCUCCCCAGACAGAAUCUUUCCAUCUUCCUACCCACUUUUCUCAGAUGAAGCUGAUCCGCUGGCUCUUGACUUUUCUCCAGUGCCUGUGGAUGCUGUUGAUGUGAGGGUGACGACACAUGUUCCUACCUUCAAGCUUCAAGUUCCUCAGUACUAUAAGCUGAUGGGCUACCAGCCUGUGUCAGCUUGGGAAGCCUUUAACGCUUUCAUUCCCACUACCUUAGCCCGACCACUUCGCACUGGAGAUCCAGUAAUGUUACAAGAUAUUAUCAUCAGCCAUUGCUACUGUAAUUACAAUGUAUGUUUUCUUCACAUUUUCUUUCCCCAGGAGGCUGGUUCCCAGUCACCUACACCAGGGGAGGAGGAUGAACAAGAGGCCAAUGAUUUAAACUUCACUCUCCCUCGUGCUCUACUUCGACCCAUUCACGCACACCCACUCAGAAUCUUUAACCCUGCUCCUGGACUCCAGGCCUACAAACCCACCCCAAAAUACCUCGAAAGUGAUGUGGACUUUCACCUUUGCCCAUUGCUUCGUUAUUCACACCCUGGGGGCCAAACGAGUGGGAUGGAGUCACAAACCUUACAAAUGCAGACUCUGGACAAAAAGGAAGUAAUCACAGGGUUGAAGACAUGGGACAAUUUUGGCUUGGUCACUGCAACAUGUGUAUCCAGACAGGCUGCUCUGACCAGUAACAUCUUGCAUGGUUCUGCUGACUAUCAUAAAGAGAUCCUUCCUGUCACAUCACCUGCUGCUUUCACCCUGCCUCCUUCUUAUCUCUCAGGAUGUACAGACAAAAGGUGCGACGUGACACUCACCCCAGAGAUGAUAAACAGUGAAUUCCUGUCUCGUUUCCAGUGACAACCUUCCACAGGUGGAAAAACUAGAACCAGAAGCGACAUCUCGUGUGGGUUCAAACAAAUGAGGAAAAAGUGGGAUGAGGAAACUGCUGCUUGGAGACCCAGUGAUCAUCAGACGAAUCCGACUCGCCCCCCUCACAUGCACACACACACAUACACACAUGAGUUGCACACUUUUACAUCAAAAAAUAAAGAUGCUUUUGUGGAGGGUAUGAGUUUAAUGAAAGUCACUAUUCAUUUACAAGCUUAGCGGUAUGCAAUUUAUGCAUGAAAGAGCCGAGUGGUCUAUUAAGUACCUGCUCUCGCCCCUAGAGGGCUCUCCAACGCAGUGAGACCCGAUAGAAUAGAAAGCAUGUCAUUAAUAGCUUUGGCUCUCGCUUAGAUCCACAUGCUAAAUCUUUUGGAAAAGAUUCACUUCACUCAGAAGACAGCGGUAGCUAUCAAAUAAAACUCAGUUAAGAAACCUAUUCCAUUAUUAACAAUCAUGCAGUCUUCUUUACUUGUCUGCCCCUGACAUGUGUUCCAAGCCAAACAAGACUUGCUGCAUAUUUAAUGGAAACCAGAGCAAUGACAUUUAUUCAAGUCAUACAGUUGUGCCAUAACAGAUAUACACAUUUAAACAGAGACAAUAAUAGUUGGUUGGAAUAAUUAAUUCACACAGCUGCCAGCGUCUAGUAAUAAUAGUCAAUAUUUUAUGAGUUUUUGCUUUCAACCUCAGUGGAAUGUGCAUUUUAUCCAGUAGGUCAACACAGACCACAGCAUAUGUUGCUCCAACCUGCCACUAUUGUUUUUGUUUCAUCCUGAUUGAAAACACGGGCAGACCAACCUUUGCUUGUCCCAAAUUAUACUGUAGUCUAUGCUCUUAAAUCCAUUCAUCCCUUUUUUUGUACGACUGAUUGUGUUCAGUGCCACAGAGAAGUUGAAGUCCAACCAAUUGAGAGAUGGGGUUAACCUGUCAAUCACAGGACUCACAAAGACAAUCAUUCAUAUCUACGGAUAAGCAAUUGAGAGACUUUAUUGGACCUAACAAAUAAGGUUUUGAAACAAUUUGUGGAUGCUAGUGUAUGUGGAUAUAACCCACGCAUACACACAUGUCCUCAUUAAAAAAAACAAAAAACAACAACAAAAUAAGUACAGUAGAACAUGUUGGAGUUCGAGUAUCUUUUCUGGGUUUUGUUUUGUCAUGUUGAAAUAUGGACCCCAUGGGUCAUUGAAUGCAAUGUGACAGAUUGGUUGAAGCUCUGCCACUUGUAAAAAUUACAUUUCAUCAGUAAAUUGA